UUGCCUGCUGCCAGCGGGGACGGGUGUAAAGCAGCCUGGGGCAGGCACCACAGACGUUAGGCCCAGAAGGAACCAUCAUGCUCAUCUUGUCUGACCUCCUCCUGCCCAGGGCAGGCCACAGAGCCUCGCCCAGCCCCUGCUGCAACGGACCCCUAACCCCACAGCUCACGGCCAAGGUAGCAGGAGGCUGAGCCUGCCGCUCUCUGGGAGACUAGUCACGUCCCCCCUUCUCCACAGGUUGUCUGCAGACUCAGGAAAAGAGAAGCACAGUGGUUCACAUUCCAAAAGUUUUCUUCACAACUCCAUAGCAUCGUAAAGAAGACACUCAGAAAUCUUUUCUCAAUGAUUCUAUAGUCAACGGAUGUAACAAUGGUACUAAUACUGGGCCGCAGACUGAAUAGAGAGGAUAGAGGGGUCCGUGAUUCCCCUGCAACCAAACGUAAAGUUUUUGAAAUGGACCCAAAGUCCUUAUCAAGUCAUGAGUUUUUUGACUUCUCUUCAGGAUCAUCCCAUGCUGAAAGCAUACUCCAGAUCUUCAAUGAGUUUCGAGACAGCCGCUUGUUCACAGAUGUAAUUAUCUGUGUGGAAGGAAGAGAGUUUCCCUGUCAUCGAGCUGUUCUCUCAGCCUGCAGUAGCUACUUCAGAGCUAUGUUUUGCAAUGAUCACAGAGAAAGCAGAGAAAUGUUGGUGGAGAUCAAUGGCAUUUUUGCUGAAGCUAUGGAUUGCUUUUUACAGUACGUGUACACUGGCAAGGUAAAAAUCACUACAGAAAAUGUGCAAUAUAUCUUUGAAACAUCAAGUCUUUUUCAAAUUAGUGUUCUGCGUGAUGCUUGUGCCAAGUUCCUGGAAGAGCAGCUGGAUCCUUGUAACUGCCUGGGAAUCCAGCGUUUUGCUGAUACACACUCACUAAAAACACUCUUCACCAAAUGCAGAAAUUUUGCACUGCAGACAUUUGAGGAUGUUUCUCAGCAUGAAGAAUUUCUUGAGCUUGGGAAAGAUGAGCUUAUUGAUUAUAUUUGUAGUGAUGAGUUGGUGAUUAGUAAAGAAGAGAUGGUUUUUGAAGCAGUUAUGCGCUGGGUUUACCGUGCUGUUGAUCUGAGAAGGCCAGUGUUACAGGAACUUUUGACACAUGUGAGACUCCCUUUAUUACAUCCUAACUAUUUUGUACAGACAGUGGAAGUGGAACAGCUGAUUCAGAAUUCUCCAGACUGUUAUCAGCUGCUGCAUGAAGCAAGAAGAUACCAUAUACUUGGAAAUGAAAUGAUGUCCCCAAGAACUAGACCACGCAGAUCAACUGGUUAUUCUGAGGUGAUAGUCAUUGUCGGAGGCUGUGAACGAGUUGGGGGGUUUAACCUGCCAUACACUGAAUGCUAUGAUCCUGUGACAGGAGAAUGGAAGUCACUGGCUAAGCUCCCAGAAUUUACCAAAUCUGAAUACGCAGUGUGUGCUUUACGGAACGAUAUUCUUGUUUCAGGUGGAAGAAUUAACAGCCGUGAUGUGUGGAUUUAUAACUCUCAGCUUAACAUUUGGAUCAGAGUUGCUUCCCUAAACAAAGGCAGAUGGCGUCAUAAAAUGGCUGUCCUUCUUGGUAAAGUAUAUGUAGUUGGAGGGUAUGAUGGGCAAAGUCGACUCAGCAGUGUAGAAUGUUAUGAUUCAUUUUCCAAUCGAUGGACAGAGGUAGCUCCACUUAAAGAAGCAGUGAGUUCUCCAGCAGUAACCAGCUGUGUAGGCAAAUUGUUUGUGAUUGGUGGAGGUCCUGAUGACAACACGUGCUCUGACAAAGUUCAAUCAUACGAUCCUGAUACUAAUUCUUGGUUGCUCCGUGCAACUAUCCCCAUUGCAAAGAGAUGCAUAACAGCUGUAUCUCUAAACAAUCUAAUCUAUGUUGCGGGAGGGCUCACCAAGGCAAUUUACUGCUAUGAUCCAGUUGAGGAUUAUUGGAUGCAUGUACAGAAUACAUUCAGCAGACAGGAAAACUGUGGCAUGUCUGUGUGUAAUGGCAAAAUCUAUAUCCUUGGUGGAAGACGAGAAAAUGGAGAAGCCACAGAUACCAUUCUUUGUUAUGAUCCUGCAACAGGCAUCAUCACGGGAGUAGCAGCCAUGCCCAGGCCAGUAUCGUAUCAUGGCUGUGUGACUAUUCAUAGAUACAAUGAAAAAGGCUUUAAACUGUAAAGAAAGGAAAUCUUAUGAAAGAAUGCAGUGCCUUGGUACAGGACAGGAUUUCAAAGAUUCCUAAAAUGGGAAACUGACUUUUCCCUCAGUGCCAUAUGAAACUAAAUAUCCAUGUGCCUUUUAAAACAAAAUGUUUUCAAUUAAUUAAAAGUUAAAAAUAAUCUACAAACAUAUCCAGGAACUGUUCAACCAUUUCUCGCAUGAUAGCCGUGAACUAAUAUUUACAUUGUUUUCCCCUUCUUUGUGAUCAGUAAUUAAAAUCUUGUAGUGUAAGGAAUGUGCCUUCACAAGUAGCUGUGCCUAUAUCUUAAGGGCUGAUGUCUGUAUUAUUUUUUCAGUUAUUUCAGAGUCUGUUAAUUGAAAAUAUUUAACCAAGUCGACCUACCAAAAAUGUGUUAGUUUAAAAGAGUGCAUAUCAUUCUGAUUAACAGGCAUGAUGCAGUGUUGUAGCCAUGUUGGUCCCAGGAUAUUAGAGAGACAGGAUGGGUGAAGGUAAUAUCUUUUAUUGGGCCAACUGCUGUUGGUGUGUAAGUUCAAAAGCUUGUCUCUCUCACCAGGAGAAGUUGGCCCAGUAGAAGAUAUUAUCUCACCCACCUUGAUGUUCUUUUAUCAGAAAAUUGCUUGGCUUACCAAAUAGACUUUAUUUCAUGAUCACCCACUAUUACAGAAUUUUUUAAAUGUAAUGCUUAAUAGGAAAUAAAUAUUAAAACCUUUGAGAAAUAAUUUUCCUCUGUAAAUGGAUAGGGAAUACAGUGGCAUCAUGGUUGUUCACUGAGCUACUGCAAAAAGUUUCAGUAACUAUUGUUUUCAUAGUAACAGACCUUAGUGUUGCUAAUAAUUUAUUAGAAGUCCUACAAAUACUGGACUACAUGCAUAUGGAAAAAAUAAUGACCCUUGAAGCAUAGGCACACUUUUGUGAAGCAGUUUUAUAUCCCAGUUCUGACCUUCUUAAAUUGCAGAGCUGAAGUCAGCUAAUUCCUGGUAUCGUUCUUUGCUAACUGCAAGGUAUCUUUCAUCAUUCUACUUCAUGAAUAGACCCCUAGUCAAGGGGAUAUUCUAACUUCAUUUAUUCCACAGUGUAAAUUCUGUGUUGACAGGCCUGUAGUCCCUGGGUCUUUCUAACUCUGCUGUUUUAUAAAUUGAUCUUUGUGGUACCUCAUUUAUGCAAAGUUCCAGAAUAUCUGUCAACUCUGUUUCUACAGAUUUUUCAGACAAUCACCUUUUCCAGUGCUAUUGAGCUCCUGUAAAUCCUAUAGGGGGCAUGUGUGGACCUGACAAUUCCCCCACAUCACCAGAACACUACCCUGGGACUGUCCAUUUAGCCAUGUGACUGUGUAAAGUACCAUAUUUUUACUCGAUUUAAUUUUGAAGGCUUAGAUACUUCCAAAAUAUCCUCCCACAUUUUGGCCCAUUGCUUUUCAAUGAAGCUGAAAAUCUUGCUGAAGAUAUUCCUCCAAUUCCUACUUAGAUCUGUGUAACAGAACUAUAUGCUUGUAUAGUUGGGGCACAAAAUCAUGAAUCUGUACAUAGCGCUUUGGAGUUUGCAUGUGGAAGGGGUGCUUGUUCCAUGCACCAAUUUCCUACCAGAAGGCAGGGAGUGACACAUAUCCUCUAUCCCCGUGAAGCCUCUCCUUACCUUGAACUCCCUUUAUGAGGAAUUCUGAGGAUAGCUGCCAACCGGGAAAACAGACAAUACUGGAGCAGAUGAACACAAAGGGCCUCUUCAAGGACAACCCUAAUCUCUAGCAGACCCAGGAGAUUUAUGGGUUCUGAACUCUUUGUUCAGUCUAUAGGGAAUAGGAACAAACCAUAUGUCUGGAACAUAAUCUGUUCUUGGAAUUUCUUCUUCAUCUCCUUCCCACACAUUUUUCCAUUAAAUGGGUAUUCUGGCUCUUGGUGUGGAUAUGACUUCUUUAGAGAGUCAUCAUUUUCAGUACUGAAUUAGUGGUGACAUUAUAAAGGAGCACUGAGCGGUUAACUGCGCAUUGUGCCAUUUCUUUUGUAACCUCAGGAAUGUAUGCAGACUUCAAUUUCUAGCAAAAUACCAAACACUGGUAGUGUAUAUUAGGUAUAUUGAUUAAAUAAAAUUAUAUGCAUGUGAACAAUGCUGAUUCUGGCAGGACCCAACUGAGAGUGUCAAUUCAGGACAAAUUGCUUAAAGCAGGGCAGUUACAGCCCAAGGCUGGGGUUUCUGUGCACUCCAAGACAAACCAAACCAGCCAAACAGAGAAGACUUUGGUUUUACCCCACUGGCUAACCACAAAUCACACAAGCAAUUCCUUUAGACACCCCAGUUUCCCAGUAUCACCACCAGUGCCACUCGUUAUGGAGACAAAUGGUUAUGAAAACCAAUACCCCAGUAAAAGGAAAAAAGGUUCUCUCAAUCUCAAAGGACCAAGCCCCAGACCCAGGUUAAUAUACAAAUCAGAUCUUACCCACAAAUCACGCUGUUGCCAAUCCUUUAGAAUCUAAAAUCUAAAGGUUUAUUCAUAAAAGGAAAAGAUAUAGAUGAGAGCUAGAAUUGGUUAAAUGGAAUCAAUUACAUACAGUAAUGGCAAAGUUCUUGAUUCAGGCUUGCAGCAGUGAUACAAUAAACUUCAGGUUCAAAUCAAGUCUCUGGAGUACAUCCACAGCUGGGAUGGGUCUUUCAGUCCUUGGUUCAAAGCUUCAGUGUAGCAAAGUUCCUCCAGAGGUAAGAAGCACGAUUGAAGACCAGAUGGAGGAGCUGCAGCAGCUUUUUAUAUUCUCUUGCCAUGUGAUCUUUCUUUCUUUGUUCCAAAGACAAGCUGUCCAUCACAUGGCAUGGAAAAACCUCAGAGUUCUGUCCAUAGGCAUGUCCCUGUAUACUUUGCUGAGUCCCAUGUCUGCCUUCUCUCAAUGGGUCAGUUGUAUAUCUAUCUGAUGGUCCUUGAUGGGCCAUCAAACAGGCUAGGCAGAGCUGACACCAACUUGUCUGGGAUGUCAUCCAGAAGCAUAGCACAAGUUUGAAAUAAGAUAAGAUAAGAUAAUAAGAUAAGAUAGUAUAGAGCCAAUUCUUAUAACUUUAAAUACAAAAAUGAUACAUGCAUAUAGAUCGCAUAAUCGUAACCAGCAAACCAUAACCUUGUCUUAGACACCUCAUUUUAACUCCUUUAUACAAGAUUUGGGGCUACUAUAGGACCUUGGUUGCAACAAUGAUCUAUACGGUCCCAGUUUAUGUCAAUAACGUCACAGUAUAUUACUGAGUUAACUAGUGAAUCAGUCCAUGAGUAUAUACACCCAGGUGGUCCUAAAUUGGAGGAAAUGGACUAGUGUAAGAAAAGUGAAUCAGAUAAAUGAAUCCUUUUCUGGGUUUCUUGGCUCCCUGUUCACUAAGCCUGACUUAGAAAUAUAAUUCCAGCACCCGUGAAUAAGGUCCAUUGACAGCAAUGGUAGGUUGCACAGUAACUGUUUUCUCGUAACAUGGUAAAUAGUUUGUGCAUCAUUGUAAGUGAAAAUGUAAUUAUGGAAGGAGCACCUGAUUAGAAAUAAGAUAUUAAGAUAGAUUUCCAUUUCCCUCAACUUCUUUCCUUUUUGUAUUAAGAUACUGAAUGUUGAUCCUUAUUGUAAGCUGUUCUGAAAUGUUUAUUUUGUAGAUAUAUAAUAUUAUUUGUGUGGCGAUUACUUUAGAUUUGUAUUCAGAAGACUCUGUAAAUACAAACACAUUGCUUUCCAGGUGUAUGAAGUUUCAGUGUAUAGUCUAGAAUGUUGUCUUUUCUAUGUUAACUGUUUACAUGUAUCUUGUUACGGUUACAUAUUAAUUUUGAAAGUUGCUGUUUACUGUACCAGUAAAUGCAGACAUUUAGAUGUAGAAGAAACUUUUUUGCAUGCAGCUUUUUAGACCCUGUACCAGUAAUGGAAGAAUUAGUGUGUUGAGUAUAGCUAAAAUGGCAGAAGUUAUUUAUGCAGUAAUUUCUUUUUAAGUGAACAGUCAAUAUUUUAUAUUUUUGACUCAGUACAUAUAUAGUUGAAGUUAUCACCCAUUCUGUCAAAAUAAUAAUUUUUAAAAUGUAGAAGAAAACUACUUGUUAUUGAAAAUCUAACAUGUUCUAGAGGGAUUUAUUAUAUAUGGAGCCACUUUCCUGGGUCACUUGUUCUCCAAGAUAUUUCAUUUAGGGACAGAUGGAUUCAAAGAUUCACCAUGAUGCAAACCCAUUUGAUUGGAUCUUACGUGCCCUGAUGGACAAAAAAAAAUCAAUUUGCAUUCCUUGAGAGAAAAUACUGAAGUGCCUUUCAGUGUAAUCAAAAGAUCUUCAUGAUGAAAAGUCACAACUUGUGCUAGCUCCCAGGGAAUGAGAUCUGCUCAAGGAUAUAACUUCAAAAUAGCUAUGCUUGGGAAGUAGGGCAAAAUCUUUUCUAGCUGUUCCAGCUAUUUAAAAACUCACUGUUAAGAGUUUACCUAAUAGUUAGCUAACAGAGAUAAGUAAUUUCCUUAAAUUCUCAUAGCUUUAAAAGAAGCUAGAUUAAAUGUUUUCCUUCUGAGUUUUGAUGUUCAUGAGCUUUGUCACUCCAAUCUUCAGAAUCUUGGCAUUGACUGAAAAGAACAUUGGUACUUAAUUGCAACUUGACUGUCAAGAAGGUACCAUCUAAAUAAUUUGAGUAGUGCAUCCUAGAGAGGUCUACAACCUUUUGCUUUUAAACACCCCAUGCAUGACAUCAGUUUUAUAGUCAUCAGCAGGUUACAUUUCCUGGAGUCUAGCAGUUGCUCAUUUUCUGGUCGGUUCCCUCAUACCCCAUAUGCCUUCAGGGUCUGUGGAACUUGUGGGAUCUCUUCCAUUUGUACCAUCGGAUAGUUCAUCUUGCAGUGUAUGCAUCCUAUAUGAUCCAAGGAUUAAGCACUGUGUUUUCUCUCCUAACAUAUGACUGAUUUUUGACUCCUUCACUAAUACAACAGCAUUAAAAAUUGCUUUGAUAUUCUUAGUCCAUGGCGCACAGAUACCUUUAACUCAGGAGAGGUUGAUAUGGACUCCUCCUAUAUUAAUUCACCCAGAAUUUUUAUAGGAUUUUCAACAUUGUGCAAGCUUCAGGGAAAGGCUAACGAUGGAGGAAAAGGAAGUGUUCAUCUUCACAGAGGAGAAGUUCAAAGAGGAAACUUUGGACAUCUGUGCUUGAAAGCAGGAGACACUGAUGAUUGUUAGCUAUUCUAGAAGACAGACUGAGUUCACUGCCUUAUCUUGUGUGAUUAGUCAGGUUAUCCUGCUUAAAUUGAUAAAGUGCAAGGACACAAGACGAGAAAUAAUCAAUUUCUUACUAUUUAAGACUCUUCUCCUCCUCCACAAUGAGUUGAUGGUGCACUGGACCUUCAUUGUUCCCUACCAUAAAGGAGUUAUAAACUAAUUCUCUUUCCAGUUCAGAAGAAAAUUAAUAGAAAGAAUCUGAAUAGAUGGGUGGGAGAGGUAACAGAUAAAUUCCAGUGCAUUAAUUUGGUAGUUGAGGUUGCUGUAACCAGGACUUUCUAAACGUUCUUACAGUUCAUGAUCUCAGAUAUUGACUCAUUUAACAAAAUGGCAUCAUGUUUAGCAAUUCAUUGUCUUCAGCUUCAGAGAAAAAGAUGCACAUGUUGAUAUGCUUGUGAUCCUUCUAGUGAUGAAGCUCAGGAAAGACAGAAGGGUUGAGUUUUCUUACUUGCUCAACUUUGACAACAUUUUCUUUACUGUUGAAGAUGGCAAUUACCAAUUCAAGAGGAAUAUAAAACUUGCUAUACUUUGUCAUUCAGAAGCAAGGCAGAUGUUUUCAUUUGAAUUUAGAGUCUUUUGCACAUGAGAAGGUACAAAUUAAAUUGGUUGGUGUGUCUGAUUAAAAAGUCUCUGUCCUAUGUACUGAAAGAGAAUCUGUUAGGCAAGGUAUAAUUUUAUGUAGAAGUUUGAUAUCUGGCAUGGAGCCAAAUAUUUAUUUAUAGUCUCAUGUCUUGCUUACAAGUUUGGAGUUUUUUUACAUAGCCUAGCCUUCAGGAAGCCACUAUAAAAAUCCACUGCAAUCUUAGCUUUUUCUGAAUGUCUAGAUUCAGUCAAUACUAAUGCAAAAAUAGUAGCCAGCCUCCCAUUGUCCCUCCAGGUCAGAUUUGUCAGUCACAAGUUCUUAAGGCACUAACAACACAUGGCAGCAGUUUUUCAUAACUGAUGUUACAUACAAGAGUCCAGCUAACUUAGGAGUGUGUAUCCAUAGAUAACAUUGCCUGAGAGUUUUAUUUACAGGAAAUUCUCCUCUUUAUCAUUUCAUAAUGUUUCAGUCAAUAUUUUUAAUGAUUUGUGUGUUUGUAUUAUGUGUUUGAUUACAUUUUCUGAUCAUUUUAUGAUAGUGCUUAUGACGAUCUUUUACAAAAAUGAUGACUCGGUAAAGCCACUGUGUGCAGCAUGUAAGUAGCUGUACUUAAGUGAUGGUGGCAGAUAUGUAAUUGCAUCUUCUUUUGUACCACUGGUUCCAAAGAAAAGAAUGUGUUUAAAGUUGCCAGAAUAUGUGUGCCUUGAACUCACUAAUAUUUCAUCUACUUUCAGUCUGAGCUUAUAUUGUUCCUGCUGAAUAUUUUAUGAAGGUCACUUUUACUGCCCAGAAUAGUAAUGUCCUUGUCAAUGACAGCAAUCUAUACAUUAAUUAAUUUAAAGCGUAAUUAAAUCAAUUUAUGCAGAAUAUGUAAACUUUGUUUUUUUAAAAAGUGAUGGGGGAUUUAAUUGAUGGAGGGAUGUAAUAAUAUGCUUUUUCCAUUCUCUAUUUUCUGUUUCCAGAACUCCCACUGAGACAAAGGAGAGUAAUGUUGCUGUUUUUAGCCAACUGUCCUUAAUGUGUACAGUGCAUUUUUUAUUAGUAUCUUAGUUCAGGAUAUUGGCUGAAUUUCUGUCAGAAAUAUCUUGUUUAGGACAACACAAUUCCCUCCCCGUCAUCCCCCCAAAGAACGUAAUAUGAAGCAACUGUAUAAUGCAGCAUGGCAAUAAGUGAGACCAAGAGGCUUGAAUAAGAUGUAUUGGUAUGCAUUUCAUAUGGGUGAGCACAUGACAUAAGGGUCUAUUCUCCUUUCAGUGCACACCCACAUAAUAACUUUGAGUCACAUUAAUAGGCAUUACCUCUCCAGCGAAAGAGAAUACACCCAAACAACAGAUAUACUUUCCUCAUCUGGGGUUAUGUUUUGUGUUUUCCUUUUUGGAAGCAGUUCAUUGUUGUUUCGUUUCGGGUUUGGUUGGAUUGGUUUUUUGGGGGGGGCGGGGAGUUUGGCCAGUUUCCUUAUGUACAGAACAGUAAAACAUUUUGUUCCACCAAGAGCUAAUGUCGUUUUCAGGAACAAAUUGGUACAGCACAAAUCAGAUCUGAACAAAAGUGCAGACCGCUUAACAUGUACCAGAAUCAGCUGAAUAUUACCUUGCACACACCCAAUUUUAGAGAUCUUCACAUUAUGUUGGCAGUGGAAAAAGAUGCCUUUUUGUAAUGUAGCAAAGAAUUUCAAUAACAUGUUAUGUACUUGUUAUAUUUAAAUGUAUUUCUUGCAUAAUUUUUUUUAAAUUAAGUUCAGUGUAUCUAAUAAACAUUUGUCUUUUGAA